AUGGCGGUCACAAUAAAUGUUUGCUUCCCUCCAGAUGAUGCCGUCCUGCUGGAAGUGCCUGUCAUUCAGCAGUUGUACCACUGGGAUUGUGGUUUAGCAUGCUCCAGGAUGGUACUCAAGUACCUGCACCCCAUCAGUGAUGAGCAAUUUCGGAGAGCAUGCUGGGAGCUGAAAAUGACUGAGAGUGUGUGGACUAUUGACCUGGCCUACCUCAUGUGCCAUCUAGGAAUCAAGCAUUGCUUUUACACACAGACCCUGGGAGUUGAUAAGGGCUUUAGGAGUCAGUCCUUUUAUAAGAAGCAUUUUGAUACCGAAGAAGACCGAGUGAAUGAGCUUUUUCUUAAAGCAGAAACGAAAGGUGUGGUUGUUAAGAAAUGCUCUGUGAGCAUUCAAGAAAUCGAGUCUCACCUAGAGGAGAGGCACGUUGCCAUCGUUCUCGUCAAUGCGGUCAUCUUGACGUGCGAACUUUGCGCCGCACCUGUCAAGUACUGCUGCUUCCUCCCUGUGGGCCAGAAGUGUUUCUGCCGGAAACCCGAGUAUCAGGGACAUUUUGUGGUGCUGCGUGGCUUCAACAGGACCACUGGAUGCAUUCUGUACAACAACCCUGCGUAUUCUGACCGGGUCUGCUGCACCACUGUCAGUAACUUUGAAGAGGCUCGGCGGAGCUACGGGACAGACGAGGACAUCCUCUUCAUCUUUAAAACAAGCUGA